AUGUCGUCUGCGCCCUGCUGCAAGGUGAAGGUCGGCUUCCUGCCCUGCUGCAAGGUGAAGGUGGGCUUCCUGCCCUGCUGCAAGGUGAAGGUGGGCUUCCUGUCCUGCUGCAAGGUGAAGGUCGGCUUCCUGCCCUGCUGCAAGGUGAAGGUGGGCUUCCUGUCCUGCUGCAAGGUGAAGGUCAGCUUCCUGCCCUGCUGCAAGGUGAAGGUCGGCUUCCUGUCCUGCUGCAAGGUGAAGGUGGGCUUCCUGUCCUGCUGCAAGGUGAAGGUGGGCUUCCUGUCCUGCUGCAAGGUGAAGGUGGGCUUCCUGUCCUGCUGCAAGGUGAAGGUCGGCUUCCUGUCCUGCUGCAAGGUGAAGGUGGGCUUCCUGUCCUGCUGCAAGGUGAAGGUGGGCUUCCUGUCCUGCUGCAAGGUGAAGGUGGGCUUCCUGUCCUGCUGCAAGGUGAAGGUGGGCUUCCUGUCCUGCUGCAAGGUGAAGGUGGGCUUCCUGUCCUGCUGUAAGGUGAAGGUGGGCUUCCUGUCCUGCUGCAAGGUGAAGGUGGGCUUCCUGUCCUGCUGCAAGGUGAAGGUCUUAAUGAAAAGCCUCAUCUUACCUACGUUGGUGGUGUAUUUAAACCAGGCAAAUCAAAGACACUGUUAA